CUCCCAGGGCAGAGCACGAUCUCUAGCCUCUCUACUUUUCCUUUCCUAUAUGUACAUGUUUUUCCCUCUCCUUCUAGUUCAUUCCAGAGCAGAGAGGGAGAGCUUUGGGUUUUUCUGGGCUCCCCCCCCCCCCCCUUGCAGUUGGAUUGUUGCCAGCGUCUUGCAGGGCCGAAGUUUUCUCUGUAGGGAUAUAUUUUUUUAAACCAGUGCAGCUGCAUUCAGACUGCCUGCAGUUGAAUCCACGCCUCUGGGGCAAGUUUAACUCGGAGAGGAACAGCAGCAGGAGUACUACUCGUGCCUUUCCUCCGGCUACUCCUGUCAAGACGGAUUUAUGACUUGGAAAGGGGGGUGGAGGGAGGAAAAUUGCCUUCGGGAGCCAGAGACUCCACCACAGCCCAGCAAAACACACAUAAAGAGGCAGUCGGAUCUCAAGGCGUGAGCAGCACAGAAGUGGCACUCUGGGAUCUGGUGGAUCCUUGCUCAUAAUAUGACUGAUCUUAAGCCUUUCAUCUGCCUCCACAGCGCCAAGCUUUUGGAUUUAAGGUAGUCUGCCCAGGAUCGGAUUUUGAUAUGUUGGCCAAGACUGUGCUUUCUCUUGGUCUCUGGCUGCAGUUUGCUGCGGGACAGAACACACCUAAGAGAGGUCCCCAGCCCUCUCUUUCUGAUUCAGAGGGGGACCUCCUCUUCUUGCUGGACAGCUCUGGUAGUGUCUCCUACUAUGAGUUUUCCAGGGUCAAAGAAUUCAUAUGGGACCUCAUGCGACCAUUCACCUUUGGCCCCAAUGAUGUCCAGACCAGCAUCAUCCACAUCAGCACCACACCAACCAUGGAAUUCCCUUUUGACCGGUACCUGUCUAGUGGGACCGUGCAACAAGCCAUCCGGGAUACUCAGCAGCUGAUGGGUGACACUAACACAGGCAAAGCACUCUCCUAUGCCAAGGAAAAGUUCUUCAGUGAUGAAGCUGGUGCCCGGCCAGAUGUGCCCAAGGUACUGGUUUGGGUGACAGAUGGUUUCUCCACUGACGACAUCUCUGAACCCAUGCAGCUCCUGAAGGAUAUGGGAGUAACGGUCUUCAUUGUCAGCACUGGACGGGGGAAUUAUUUGGAGCUCUCUGCUGCUGCCAGCCAACCUCCUGAGAAGCACCUGCACUUUGUGGAUGUUGAUGACCUGCCCAUCAUCACAAAGGAGCUUCGAGAUGCUAUCCUAGAUGUUAUGCAAGCAAAUCGGUUUCGUGCAGUGGAUAUCACCGCAAGCAGCUUCCGUCUGAUGUGGCCCAAACUCCUCUCCCAAGAAACUGGCUAUUACACCCUAGAGUAUAUUCCAAUAGAUGAUCCAGCAAGAAAGAGAACAAAGCAAGUGUCUGGGGCUCACACUAACCUCAUGCUGAGCAACCUUGCACCAGAAACCACUUACCAGGUGGCACUCAUCCCUGAAUCCAACGUGCACUACAUCCCUCCCCAGACAACAAGGGUUACAACGCUGGCAGAGGAAAUCAGUCCAGCUCAGGUUCUCAUCUCGGAGUCCAAGCCACACAGCUUCCGUGUUAGCUGGGCUCCCACACCGGACAGUGUGAUCGGUUAUCAGAUCCUGUAUGGGCCACUCCCUGGGGAUUCAGUGAAGCUGCUGGAGGUGGAUGGCAAGCGCAACAGCACUGUGGUGGAGAACCUGGCACCCAACACAACCUAUUUAGUGACAGUGACUGCCAUCUACAAAUCAGGAAAGGAGAAAUCCCUGUCAGCUAAAGCAUGCACUCAGGAAGAGGGCUCCACGGUGAGGCGCCUUCGCUUUGAGAACAUGGGCCCCAACACCCUGAAAGCCUCCUGGGACUCUGCCGAUGGGAAGGUCCUCGGUUACCGAGUCAGGUGCCGGCGGCAAACUGGCCCUUCAUCUCUCAUCAGCGUUUCGCCACAGAUCCACAGCGUGCUCCUCACAGAUCUGGUUUCAGGCACCACUAACAAAGUGUGUGUGAAGCCCAUGUACAAGAACCAGCCAGGCAAAGGGCUGUGCCGCACGGUGCACACACAGCCAGCUACAGAAGCCCAAGGAUAUAAGCACAGACAGACAGCGUGACAGGCACUGGAGUGAACUGAUCCCCCACAGAACAAAGGGAAAGGCUUGGACAAGAUGGAAGGGUCUGGGGAGGAAGCCAGAAACCUCACAGAUCAUCUCCUAACCUGCACUGUGCAUUGAGCUGUAGCAACUGUUGGUGGUCGUGAAGUCUACAGGUUGUCCUUAGUCAGGUUCUCCCAAAGCUUAAAGGUUUGCCUUGGCUGGAUUGAACAAGCAACCUGACUGAUAGAUCCCAAAUCUGUACCCUCUCUUAUGUAACUAUGCCUGACAAAUAGCAAAGAAAAGGCAAAGUGAUGAAUCUACACUUUUGUUUGCUUGCUUCCUGUUCUCUAUUUAUUAAAUGUUGAUACAAUUUCAUUUUUUCAGCCUAGGAGCAUGUUCAAGAUUCAACAGUUUACUGCACUAGCCUUUUAUUCUGGGCACCUGUACUCAGUGAAAGAAUACAAAUAGCCAAAUCCAUUCCUACUGUCAAUAAUCACCAAAAUUGAUGUACUUUACAAAGAACAGCUUUCCUUUAACUCACCAGUAUACUCCACAGACUGCUCAAAUUAACCAUCCCAGAAGUAUAGCCAUUUCAGGAAUGGAAGAAAAAAGUAUUAGGAGAAAGAAGAAUAACAAAAUACAAAAAUGUACAGUACAUGAAAGAGAUCUAGCCCAAGCCACCAGGAUUUCUGAGAAGCGGAAGAAAAGAGGUCAUUAAUCCACUUAGCAUUUGACCAGAAUAUUGGGGUAACAUCCUGCCUCUUAUAAACUGCAAGGAUGGUUUUGUGUUCCCAGGUGGUCUGCAUUUUACAGCAGAGCUUGGUCAGUGUCCUCUGAGCAGGGUUAUGCCAGGCCAGGGCUAAUAAGCACUGGCAGAAUCUAGGAGAUAAGUUUAUACAGUGCCUGUCCUCUGUAUUCUUGAGGCUCAUCAGUACUGUUCCACCCUUUCUCUCUGAUACAAUGACAUACAGAUCCCUGCUGGACUUUGAAGUAUCCACAUCCCCCAAGUCAUUUGUCUUGGGUUUUGGUGUCAGUCUGAGAGAGUGGAAAACUCAAACACAUGGGAAGUUACCUCCGCAGCAGGUGGUACUAUACUCUAAAGCUCUCAGCCCUCAGCUGAGUUCAGGCAGCAGCAGUGAGUCAAGGAAAGCCAGGCAGCAAGGCCAUCUAAAAGAGCUAUUUUUCUUUCUCUUUUAAAUACUCACCUCCAAACAACAGUGAAGUACUGCCUGGAUCACAGCCACUGAACUAUGCUGGCAUUCCUGCAAACAGUUCACCGAGUCAGGAAUGGGUCCUGCUAUCAGAGCAGUUAUAUGGAGACUUAAUUAGCCUGUUCUGUGACUAAUUAGGGAUCAUCAGUGUCCAGCACUGUCAUUCCAGGCUCUGUCCUCCACAUUCUGAAGACACCUCACACAUCUUUAAAUAGCUGUCUUGUCCUGGGCUCCUACCCUGCCAUAAGCUUGAGUUACAUUUAAAAAUCAGUUUUUUAUGGGGGAGAGUAAAUCUGAUUCCUUCCCUUUGGCCCCAGGCUUGAAUUUAAUGUCACAAAGCUAUUCUUCAGAAAGCGGAGGAUGAAAAAAAAAGGAUUAUUUUGCUACCUAGUGACAAAGCCAUUUUAGAAGCACAGUUCCAAAAGUCAGGGCUUAGGGCUAUAAGGAAAUGUAGAUACUUCUCUGGCAAACAAAAGCAGCAUCAGUGGACAUAUAUUCCCUCAGUAACACUUGCUCUAUUUUAAGGUUUUUGCUUAUUUGUCCUACAUGUGGAAUGCUUUUUUAAAGCUGUGCUGUAUGUUUGGAGAGCCCCCAUGCAAUGUCACUCCAUCCUGCAAACCCUCCAUAAUUCUGCUUACAGACUCUUUAAAUCGGUUCCUUCUGGAACUGAGAGGUACUUUGACACUGACCUUGUCUCCCCUGUGCUAAAAUUGACCUAUCUAGGUCUAUGGAGUAUUUGCCUUGGGCUGUCUCCCUGUACAGGAUGAUGGUAUGGGAGGGAGGUGAGUAACCCAUUAACUAGAUAAGGACAUUUCGUAUGAUUUGUAUUCUUUGGAAUGUGGCUUGGUGACUGAUCAAUCUGAAUGGAGACUAUGCUGAGGGAAAGAUAUAGCCUCUGGAAUCUCUCAUGAUCUCAAGAUCAUCUUGUUCAUCUUGCUGUAGGACAAAGAUUAUUUAAUUUUGCAAAACUCCCUGCAUAUUUUACUAAUUCCUUAACAUUCCCUCCCUUCCCCGCAUUGUAAUGCAUCCUUUUGAAGACAGCAAAUUAAAUAUACAACACGAGCUAUUGAGUUGGAAUGAUUACUUCGUUCUUGAUAGCUGUAGGGACAAAUCUUUUAAGUGUAACUAAGGAGAGGUAUGGGUUGAAAAGCUGGUGUUCAUCUCCAUUUUAAAUGACUGAAAAAUAAACAUUCCUUCCAUGACUUCAUAGGCUGAUUUACAUGAAACUUCACCCCAAAAAAUUAGAAAUACAUCAGUCCAGCCUUACUAAUAUCUCAGCUUUAGUGAGAAACAAAUAUUGUUUCAUAAGGAGCCAAAAAGUAAAUGUCCCUUAAAUCUUGGUUGAACUGGUAGUACUCAUAAAUAUAAAAAUGAGGCCAUUCUAAGGCACACAAGUUAAACUGAACUUUUUUUGAACUAAAGCCUAAUGAUUUCUAAAGCUAUUUAGGCAUCCCAUCUGCACUGAAUUAGUGGGUGUGACACCCACACACCUUUAUAGGAUGAGAGCACAAGCCAUCAGGGCUCCUAGUAAGAGCUGAAUUCUGCCUAUGGGGACUAUAAAGAGCUUCAUCUGUGGGUGAGCUAUUCCCAAGUUUUCUAUGUGGUCCUUUCCCCUUUUUGAUGCAUGUGGUGUGGGUUAUUAUUAAAGAAUUAAUUAUAUUAAUGUUAAAGAUGAAAGACAGUCUUAAAUAUUAAUGUUAAAGAUAGUAAAUAUUAAAGAAUUGAUUAUAUGAAACUGCUAGUAUGA